AUGUCAAAUUGAUAGUAGGAAAGCAGCUGGAAAAGUGCGUGAUUCUCAGGAAAAGUGUUUUGUGUGUGUGUUUUCGUUCUGAACUUUUUUCUUUCUGCAAUUUAUCAUAUUAUCACACAAUUGCCUUCAAUAGAUACCCCCGAAAAAUCACCUAAAGAAUGUUAAUACAAUACUCGUGAACUCAAAAAUAGGGAAAAACGCACAAAAAAAGGAUGUACUAUUGAAGAUUUUCUCGUGGGAGACAAUAAAGUGGAAAAGGGGGUGUGAGAUUUCGUUGGUGUUGCUGAGGCGAUAAGAGGUCACGUGAGGUGAGAAAAAUUCAAAGAAGGUAAAUACCAGAGAAUGAUCACGGAUGAUAGCCUUAGUGAUGAAGUAUUUGAGGAUGAGGCAACAGGAAGGUAUAAAAUCAACAAGAAUUCCAAUUUGAAUGUUGAAGAUGAGGAUUUUCGAACACCAUCACCUUCGGGCUAUCCUGGCUAUAAACCACCAGCUGAGGCACUUCGUAUGUAUGGAAUCGAAAAUGGGGUUCAAGAAAAUGAUGAUUGGAAGUCGUAUAAAAUCGAAGAUGACGACAAUACCAAGGAGUUCGAUGAAAAUCUCACUCACAAGACAAUCCUCUUGGGAGAUUCAGGAGUGGGAAAGACAUCCCUUCUUGUUCAAUAUAAUUUCGGGGAGUUUCGUGCUGGAGCCUUUUCUGCAACAGUUGGAAUAGCACUAACCAAUAAAAUAGUGACGGUAGAUCAAGUGAGGGUGAAACUUCAAAUUUGGGACACAGCAGGCCAAGAACGAUUUAGAAGUGUGACACACGCCUACUAUAGGGAUGCUCAUGCUCUUCUCCUACUAUAUGAUGUAACGAACAAAGUCACCUUUGACAAUACACGUGCCUGGCUAGUCGAAAUCCGGGAAUAUGCUCAAGAGGAUGUCGUUAUUAUGUUGCUAGGAAAUAAAGCGGAUUGUGGUGCUGAGCGUGAGGUGAAAAAGGAGGAGGGUGAGCGCCUGGCGCGGGAAUACAAUGUGGGGUUCCUUGAGACAUCAGCAAAGACAGGACUCAAUGUAGACUUAGCUUUUCUUGCUGUUGCAAGACAAUUAAAGAGUCGAAAGUCUGAAUUUGCCGCAGCCGAUGAUGCCAAAUUCAAUGUACAGGAAUAUGUCCGUGAACAUGCUCAGAGACCAACGUGUCCCAAUUGUAUAUGAAGAUUUCUUUAAAUAAUUUAGACUAUGUCAAGGAGACAAGGGAUGUGUAAAAUGUAAAACUGAGCAUAUCACUGAAUUUUACAAAAACCAUUCCUGGAAAAAUACAAUCAUUUGAGAGAAAAAACACAUUAAAUUUGCGAUUUGGGAUCGAAAAUUCACGAAUUUAAUUCGACACCCAAAAAAAAAAUAAACACGAUUGAUAAAAGUGAGUUUAUAGUGUUUUAAAAUAAAUUUGAUGAGAAAAGCUUUAAAUGGACAAAAUGGAACAUUUACCAUUUCAGUAGCAAUUUGUGCACUGGGAAAUAUAAUCUGCAAUCUAAUAGGAUUUCUAACAUGUUUAAUCUAUAAAACUAUGGGGGAUAUUUGAAAUUCUAAUUGAUUAUGAGGAUAAACCUUCAGAAUAGAGAAUGUUAAUCAAAUAUUUUUUCCCCUUCCCCUAUAUCGCCGCCCUCUCUUCCUAAAUCUAUCCUGGACCAUAUUGUGUAAAUUGUUGCUGUAUAAUUAUUAGGUGAGAAAAAAAAUCAUGCGAUCGUUUUAAAUGUACAUAAUUAGGAGAAUAUGAAGCCAAACCAAAUAUAAAAUCAAAAGCUCACUUGCGUAAACCCCCCCAAAAAAAAAGUAAAUCAUCUCCCUCAAAAUAUCCCAACUGGAUAAAAUUUCUUGGAGAAAAAGGGUAUUUAUGUGUUUCAUUUCAUCCUUUUUCCCUUGUACGUUAUACAACCCAUGUAUUUAAAUCCCCCCAUCACCCCACACAAAACUAAAUCAUUUCAUUUCACGACUGUUCUUUGAGCAAUUUCUUCACGUGUGAAUGAACCCUUUCAACCUGGAGGGCAUUCAAAGAUUUCACCUUUUCAUCUUAAUCAAGAUUUUUGGGCCAAAAUUUUGUCACCCAAACUAUUUGCUACAGAGUUGAUUGAUUUGUGAAGGAUGUUUUUAGUGAAAUUUACAAAGUAGAGAGGCAAAAAUUGUAUAGAAUUGGAGAGAAUAUAGUGUAACAUUUAGAUGAGUUGUAGAGAAUUCUUGCUUAAACAUUGGGCAGAGAAAAAUGUAAUUAAACAAUGUAAUGAAAUAUGACAAAUAAAUAUUUAUUGUACAAAAGCA